AUGCUACGGGUCUGGAAAGUCUCCGGCGAGGAGCUGGCCAGGGUGCCCGUGGCAGAGCUGAGCGAUGCUUCGGAGCUGAAGCGCUACCUGCGCGUGAAGAACAACUUGCCCAUCUGCCUCCAAGAGUUGCUGCAUAAUGGAGCUCUUUUGCAGGACGAUGCCAAGCUCUUCCCUUCCAUGGAUGUGCAGUUGAUCUUGUCAUCCCUGGCGUUGCGAGGGACGGAAGCUUCUCUGGAGCUCCUGGAAGCUGCGGAAGCCGGGGAGGUCGAGGCCAUGCGUCUGCUGAUUGAUGCGGACGUGGACGGGGACCUCCUGGGCCAGCAUAUGGCCACUGCGCUUAUUGCCGGAGCAUCCGAAGGCCAUGCAGAGGUUGUCCGAUUCCUGAUUGAGGCCGGGGUCGCUACGGAGACGGAAUGGCAUGGUGAGACAGCUCUAAGUGGGGCCUCUUCGGAAGGCCAUGUCGAGGUCGUACGCCUCCUGCUGCCAACAAUGGACGUCCAGUUUUGUGCAACUGCACUGAUUAAUGCAUCUUCUGCAGGCCAUGUUGAGGUUGUCCGCUUGCUACUUCAAUCCAGUGCGGACGUAGACUGUCAGCACAGCGAAACAGCUCUCAGCGCGGCCAGUUCCGAAGGUCACGUGGAUGUUGCUCGUUUGCUUUUGGAGGCACGCGCGGAUGUGAACUUGUCGAACCAGCAUGGGGAGACAGCUCUCGUUGCUGCGUCCUUCGAGGGGAAGGUUGAUGUGGUGCGCUUGCUUUUGGAGGCCGGAGCGCAUGUAGACUUCCAGCAUGGAAACACGCCUUUGAUGGCGGCUUCAUCCCAAGGCCACCUUGAAGUUGUGCGACUGCUUUUGGCAGCGGGUGGGGCCUCAUCCGUGAAGACGAGGCAUGGUGAUACAACUCUCAUGGCAGCAUCCUCCGAAGGGCAUGUGGAGGUUGCGAGACUGCUCGUGGAGGCUAAGGUGGGCUUGGAUUUGUCGAACCAGGAUGGCCAGACAGCUCUCACGGUCGCGUCUUCGAAAGGCCACGAUCGUGUUGUCCAGGUGCUCCUGGAAGCAGGCGCAGCCACAGAUCUUGCUGACUUCUCUGGCGAAACAGCUCUGGUUGCGGCUGCCUCGAGAGGCAAUGUCGAGAUUGUGCGCUUGCUCUUGGAAGCGCGGGCUUGUACGGAUUUCUGGGAUGAGCCGAGAGACACUGCUCUCACUGUGGCCUCUACUGUAGGUCAUCCAAAGGUGGUGCGCUUGCUGUUGCAAGCCGGUGCUGCUACCGAUGCAGUUGAUGAACAAGGAGACACCGCCCUCAUCAACGCUGCUACCGAAGGCCACAUUGAGGUUGUGCGACUGCUGCUGCGAGCCGGUGCUCAUGCUGGCCACACUAACCAGCAACAGGACAGGGCGAUCAUCGCAGCAUCUUCUAAAGGCCACUUCGAGAUCGGGCGCUUGAUUUUUGAAUCUCGCUUGCGCCAAGACCUGAUAUUGACCGAGCACCAAGACUUGACCGACCAACAUGGCGACACUGAAAAGCAAGAGGCUGUCGCAAUGGUGAUGGUGCUGAUGCAUGAUCGCAGAGAGAGGAACUGUGACGUUCUUCGGUGGCGACUCGCAGCAGACUGGAGGUCGACUUUGAGGUUUGUCGAAAACGGCUUCACCAUGUGGGGCCGUCAGGGCGCCGUGGGCGGAAACGAUAAAAGAUUUGGCCUUGAUGGUGCAGCAUCUGAACUGAAAGGCCGAGGCCUGAAAUUUCCGCAGGGCUCCGAAUCUCUGGGAUUGUAG